AAGGUCGUGCCGCAUAACAGUAAACACACGUAUUGAAUGAGUUGUAUAAGAAGCGUCUGACGCAAAUUUUUUUCUUCAAGAACUUUUUAUUGAAUCUCUUGUGAAACAUGUCUGAGGCAUAUAUUGAUGAGUACGAACAUUUCAACUACGACUACGAUAAACACAUUUUUACUGGACACGGUGGUAAACAACGUAGUAAACGCGAAGCAAACGAGCACACAAAUCAUCCAGACCCUUGUGGUCAUUCUAGAAAAAUCGCUACGAAACUAAUGAAUUCCGAACACAAUAAACGACAAAUUGUGAAGAAUAAAGCAUAAUAGACUGCCGUUAAAGUCGUGUUAUUUGUGAGUUCAUCUCCUUCGUAACGGAAUCUCGGCUGUGAAUAAUAUAAUCACAAAACAACCUUAGAAGUACUCAUAAAAUAUAUUAUAA